GACUAGAGAGUCGGAAUUCUCUUCUCUCUGCAACUACCUAACCUCCAUCCCUUAUCUUCUUCUUCUUCUUCCUCACUCCCUCAAUUCCCAAAUUCCAUGACCGAAGACCACCCCAUUCUCUCAUGGCGCCCCAUGCCAGCCCUAACCCUAACCGCCUCCCACUCUCACUCUCACUCCCUUGACCACGACCCCCUCUGGAAGACCGCGCACCUCACUUACGGCGUCUCCACCGCCGCCGGCACUGGCAUUCGCUGUAAAUUCGCAUGCCUCUCCGUGGCGGAGAAGCGCGAGCAGCACAAGGAGUUCGCGCCGUCGGCCGCUCAGCUCCUGAAGCAUCCGCUGGCCAUAAUCGCUUGCGUCCCCAAGGACGUCGCGCUGUUCUGCGCCGGUGCUGUUGCCGGUGCGGCGGCCAAGACGGUCACGGCUCCGCUCGACCGCAUCAAGAUUCUUAUGCAGACUCAUGGGGUGCGACUUGGGCAAGCAAGUGCUAAGAAGGCUAUUGGUUUUGUUGAGGCCAUAGCAAUGAUAGGGAAGGAAGAAGGGCUUAAAGGGUACUGGAAAGGCAACCUUCCUCAGGUGAUACGGAUUAUCCCUUAUAGUGCUGUUCAGCUUUUUGCUUAUGAAGCUUACAAGAAAUUCUUCACUGGAAAAGAUGGUGAGCUCUCUCUUCUUGGAAGACUAGCAGCAGGGGCUUGUGCAGGGAUGACAUCCACUUUUGUCACAUAUCCAUUAGAUGUCCUGAGGUUACGGUUAGCAGUUGAACCAGGGUGCCGAACUAUGACUGAGAUUGCCUUAAACAUGCUAAGAGAGGAAGGAUUUGCAUCCUUCUAUUAUGGUCUUGGACCUUCUCUUAUUGGAAUAGCUCCAUAUAUUGCUGUCAACUUCUGCGUUUUUGACUUGGUGAAAAAGUCUUUGCCAGAGGAAUUUCAAAAGAAAACUGAAGCAUCUCUCUUGACGGGUUUGGUGUCAGCUUCCCUUGCCACACUCACGUGCUAUCCUUUAGACACUGUGAGAAGACAAAUGCAAAUGAGGGGCACUCCAUACAAGACGGUUUUGGAUGCAAUUCCAGGCAUCGUGGCUCGUGAUGGACUGAUAGGCUUGUAUAGGGGUUUCUUGCCUAAUGCUUUGAAAACUCUACCAAACAGCAGCAUUAGGCUUACCACUUACGACAUGGUCAAACGUCUAAUUGUGACCAGUCAGAAGGAGUUUCAGCGAAUUGUGGACGAAAAUUGCAGUAAACAACAGCAGAAGGCUAGCUGAACAAUCCAGCAUUUGGUGCCCCCACUGUAUUGAACUAAACUACACCAGCACUAAGCACAUCUUUCACCAAAUUUUGUUGUCGAUAUAUUUAUUCACCACAAUUCAUCCUUGUAUUGGUGAAAGACUGAAAAUGCUUUCAUACUAGCUAGAAUCUAGAUAUCCUGAGUGAAUCCAAGGCUGUGUUUUGUAGGACAGUCAUUAGUGCUAGUUAGGUUGCAAUCUUUUGUGGAAGUCGUGUUUCACCGCGCUAUUCGGUUGUUUAUUAUCAUCUGUAGACGCGAGGCACUCAUUGAACUGGCCUCUUUCGUUGUAAUAGAACAAUCCUUUUUUUUUUUCAGAGAGUUCUAUUUUGGAUUGA